AUUGAGCCGUAAAAUAUAAAAGUUUGCCAACUGCAGCGCGCAGUACGUUUGGACUAUUCAAAGCGUGCGGUGGUGAUUUGGCUUAGUACAAGCUACGAGACAGGCAGUUAGUGGUGUUUAAAAGUGUUACAGUUAGCGCGAAGUCUAAAACAUACAAGUAACGGACGUGUGAAUGCGUCAAACAGUGCAAUAUACAUAAUUAGUUGUUGGUCUCUACGCGGCAGUGUGCAGAAGACAAUUGAAAAAACAUUGUCGAACUUCUACUUGUUGAUAUGAGUUGCUAAAAUCACUUGAAGACAUUGAACGAAGCACAGUUUCGUCAAAUAAAAAACUCAACUACCUCGUUAUAAAACCACCAAAACUAUCAAAAUGGCGUUCAUAAAUUUACCAUGCCUUCACAUUCCAAAACGCUUCAACAUAGCGGUAAUGUUGUUUAUGGCGUGUCUUAUGAGCUAUAUGAUGCGUGUCAAUCUAAGUAUUAAUAUCAUAGCUAUGGUCGAACAGACGGACCCCAAUGCCACCGAACCGCUACCAAAUUACGGUCCACGUUACAACUGGAGUCAAACGGAUCAAGCCAACUUAUUAGGCGCUUACUUCUAUGGCUAUAUGAUUACCUCACUGCCAGCUGGUAUGCUGGCCGAGAACUUUGGUGGCAAGCCGGUAGCUGGUUGGAGUUGUUUGGGCGCUGCCGCACUAACGGCACUCACACCUCUCGCCGCAUCUUGGGACAAAUGGGCUGUAUUUGCGAUACGUUUUCUCAUCGGCUUCUUGAGUGGCGUGAUUUAUCCGUGUUGUCACAAUUUGGUCUCAAAAUGGUCGCCACCUGAUGAGAAGGGAAAAUUUGUCGCCUCUUUAAUGGGUGGCACAUUCGGCACAGUGAUUACCUGGCCUAUAAGUGGUUUACUUAUCGAGAGCAUGGGCUGGGAUUGGGCUUUCUAUAUGGUUGGUCUGUUUGUAUUGAUCGUUACAUUGAUUUGGUUCUACAUUGUGGCAGAUAGUCCAGCACAACAUCGUUCCAUUUCGGUUAAAGAGCGUGAAUAUAUUGAAAAGAGUCUGGGCGAUACCAUUACGACCCAGAAGCGCUGGCCACCAUAUAAGAGUCUCCUUGUUUCUCUACCCUUCUGGUCGCUACUGCUCUUGCAUUAUGGCAGCAUGUGGGGUCUGUUCUUCCUAAUCACCGCUACACCUAAGUUCCUUAGUGAGGUGCUCGGUUUCAACUUGUCUUCGGCCGGUUUCCUCUCCAGCUUGCCACAUUUGGCGCGUUUACUCUGCGCCUUCGGCUUCGGCGCCAUUGCGGAUCUCAUACGUCGCAAGAGUUGGUUGAGCGUGACAGUAAUGCGCAAAACUUUCUGUCUAUCUUCGCAUAUUCUGCCUGGUAUCAUGCUGAUCGUACUGGCAUACUUCGGAAAAGAUCCUUAUGUUUGUGUAGCCAUUAUGACAAUAUCUUUGGGUUUCAAUGGCGCAGCAACAGCAAGUAAUCUGCAGAACUCUCAAGAUCUGGCACCCAACUAUGCGGGCACACUAUACGGUAUCAUUAACUGUAUUGGUACUACGCCUGGUAUUUUCUCGCCAAUGAUUGUGGCGGCCUUCACUAAAGAAAGUAACACCAUUGAGCAGUGGCACAACGUGUUCCUGAUAGGCGCCGCAGCCUACAUUAUACCAGCACUAUUCUUUUGGGUAUUCGGUUCGGGUGAAAUACAGAAAUGGAAUGAAAUCGACAAGAAAACGUCGAAGAAUGACACCAUCAACACGAAACUGUAAAACUGGAAAAGUAUUGCAUAUAUACCAUAUAUAGUGUUUUAUUAGUCUGUCGGAUAAUCUGGUAUUAUUGUAAAUGUAUUUAUACCUAUCAAGUAUGAGUUGUGAAAAUCCAUGGCGAUUUAAUAUCUAUAGUGCUUGUAUAAAUUAUUAAGCCCAUUUGUAGGGCUGUACAAAAAAGUAUGCGUACGGAGUAAGUAUGUAUGCUAUAGUGAUAUAUUCCUUUGUACCAUUAAGCUGUGAAUUUAAUAAAUAUUGAACUUAUAUACAUAUAAUUCAUGUAAAAAAUA